AUGCCCGCCCCAGGUUACGUCUUCCGCGACGGCGGCGAUACCCCUCCAGCAGAAGAACCUCCCGAUUCAGAGUUCCGUCAAGGAAUCACCCAAGCUGCGAAACCUGCUGCGGUAACCUCAAAUGCUCCCCUGGCCCAAAAUACCACGACAAGUCACCAAUUAGCUACAGGAGCGACAGGGGACCAUGAAGUCCAGGGCGCUGUUCAGAGGGCCGGUAAGGAGGACAGAACAACCAAUCUCGGAUGGCAAGCCAACGCUGAGAUUCAACAAGGCAAGCUUCUCUUCUCUUUGGCUGCUUCUCGGAACACACGCUUACCGCACUGCCAGCAAAUGUACCAUGUCAAAGCCAUCCCUCAGGCUCCUCCUGGAGGAUUGGACCUGAACACCGCCGAUGACGAGGAAUUCUCCCCCGACAAGCUCCGCUCAAACAUUGAACGUCUUUACAUGACCGUCAUUGUCGGACUCAUCGCCUUUGGAAAGCACAUUGCAAGGUUGAGAUCCUGGCGCGAACCCCGUCGGACCGCUUGCUUUGCUACGGUUUACUUUGUGGCUUGGCUUUUCGACUUCAUUGUGCCCAGCUUGCUCGCCAUGAUCAUCGUCCUCAUCACCGUUCCUCGGUCUCGGAGCAUCCUGUUCCCUUCGGCGCCCCUCGCCUUGGUCAGCCAUAAGACGGGUGGAGUGCAGAAACCAAAGGCUGGCGUGUUGGGCAGCCAUGAUAGUGUCACUGGGGCACCAGAGAAAUACAAGGGCGAGGCUGUUGAGCAAGAAGCUAGUAAUUUGGUCUCCGGCAUUGCUUCUGUGGCCAUCUCAAGUGCUGCUGGCCGUCACGACCAGGCAAGCCCAGACGAUCAAGGCGGUAGCAAGACCUUGGAUCAAGGCAUGCCUGAUCCAACCAAGAUCGCUACAACCGCGGCAGAUGCUUCUUCGGCUGCUCAAGGCGGUGACCCUGAUACCGUCCAGGACAAGACAAAGAAGCCUAUGGAGGAUGCCAUGUGGAAACAAGUUCGACCGAUAAUGCACGGCCUCGGAGAGGUCUCUGACAUGUGGGAAUGCCUCGCCAACGCUUUGUCGCCAACACCCCCCUUUUCCCAAAAGAAUCGUCUUCAGCUUGGGGCAAUCUUCGUGCCAAUUCUGCUGAUCUCUCUGAUCACACCUGCUCAAUGGGUUAUGAAGGGAUCGACCUUCUUCACCGGCUUCGGCUUCUUCUCCGACCCCUUAAUCAGACGCGCUAUUCAAUUGUUGAAUGAGAAGAUCCCAGACUGGUCGAAAUACCUCGAGAUCCGAAAUACUCUCCUCAAAGGCGUGCCAACCAAUGCCCAGCUCACCAUCACUUUACUGCGCAUUGGCGAGGCCAACCGUGCUCCACUGCCGCCACCGCCCAAGUCUUAUGAAGCGCCGCCUGACAAGCCGGCCGAGCUCGACAAGCAAGCCAUUACCGAAGGAGGAUUAGAUGCGUCGCAUUCCGAAAUCGAAAAUGUCAUUACCCUUGACGAACCCAGCGGCACCCAAGCCACAGAAACCCAGGAACCCAAGAAGAAGAAGGGCGGCUUCGGCGCCAAGAUCCUCUCUGCAUUCAAGACCACCACGGCCGGCGCAGUAGAGACCAAGCUGACCACUGACACGGUUAAAGCCACCAUGGGUUCUGGCCAGGCGAAGGAGAAGUUGGGUGUGCUUCCUUCUCGAGCAGAACUGAGACGCAAGGCGAGGGAGGGACCCGUGGCAUUCACGACGAGAUAUCAUGGUCGGAAGGGCGCCGUCUAUGUUGACAGCUCAGUUUCACCGCCGAGUGGCAGGAGGCCUGCCUCGCCGUGUGUAUAUUUCACGACGCAUCUUGAUGAUGAAGAAAACGUGGAGAGCAUGCCUCGUGACCCAGAUUGGGCGGUGUUCAUGAUGGAUAUAGUGGAGGUGAAGAAGAUCGGUGGGCUGGGAUGGAAGGGCAAGAUCGUGGUCGGGUGGGCGACGGAGAGGGAGGUCAAGGACGGCAUUGAGAUCGUCGCGAAGGACGGAUCGCGGUACCGUGCCAUGGCCAUGAAGGAAAGAGAUGAGUUGUUCAAUCGGCUGAUUUCCAUGGGUCAGCAAGUGUGGGAGAGUCACUAG